GCACUACAUGACCACACUUUCACUUUUAAGUUUAAAUAGAGUAUUCAUUUUAGGUAUUACGUGUUAGGCCAGGCUCAGCACAGUGAAUACAUGAAUAAAACAUUCCUCGUUCCAUCUCACGAGUUCUUCAUCUUCAGAGAGACGGAAGGCAAGGUCAGGAUUUCUUUAUGUACACUCAUGAUAGUCGGAUCAUUGCUCCUUUAACAGUUGGACCUUUUUGUUGCCCUGCUGGAUUUUCAGGAUGAUAUCAUAUCUGUUUUGCCUGACUAAGUGCUUUUGCUCUGGGACCAUCAAUGAGGCUGAAUGGACAUUAAAAUCCCAGUCUAGACAAAAAACAAACAAGAAGCUCGUCAGCAUCUUCGUCUUCUUUGCUGUGCACACACCUGCGCUGUGUGUGUCGGAUCUUGUGAAAGAAAAGAGUGUUUCUGGUCUCAUAAAUGUGGUUCUUGUUGCCAGACGGCUGUUUUUGAACAGAAGGGUACAACUGAAUUUAAAUUGCCAGUUACAGAACUGUUAUACUUCUACAUCUUUUUCAGAUAUGACUUUCUUUGUUUUAUUUAAACAUUCAGGAAAUGAAAGUACAUGUAAAUUACAAAGCUUAUUUAUCACUGCUUUUCUUUGUUUUAUGUUUACCUAAAUACUGUAAUAAAGACAUUCAUGUUGGAUUUAUUUGUCCUUUCUGAAGGUUGUUGUUUACAUUUGUCUGGUCUUUGAGAUUCAAACAGCCAGUGUGGAGGAGACACAGACUCCGCCUUCCUUUUUACAAGAAUUUCAAAAGUUUUAGUCACUCCCACACACAAACACACACUUGUGAGUCAUUUGUGCAGGAAACGAAACGAAACUUGUGACAGCCCGCCUUUUUACCACAGAGACAUGGCGGAGCGUAACAUUCCUGUGAAGAUGAACCACCUCUGCUGUCAAAUUUGCAGAAACCUUCUCAGGAAUCCUGUGAUGAUUCCUUGCGGACACAACUUUUGCAUGCGCUGCAUCCAGGACCAAUGGGAUUGCGACCAGCUGAGGAACAGUCUCUGCAGGUGCCCCGAAUGUAAAUAUGAGUUUCCAUCCAGACCUCAGCUGAUCAAGAACACAACUCUAGCUGAGGUGGUGAGAGAGACAGAAAUGAGUUGUAAUAAAGAGCAGCAGUCCUCAGAAGGGAAUCGGAGAGUCCUGAAGAGACCCCGGAGCUGUGCAGAAACAUCAGAGAGCACUUUGUGUGGAAAACACAACAAGCCCCUGGAGGUUUACUGCUGCACAGAUAAGCAGAUCAUAUGUGCACAGUGUGCUUCAGCUGAGCAUGGAGGACACAGGAUCGGGUUGGUGAAGGAGGAACGGAGGCGGAAGGAGAAGGAACUUAAGGACAUGCAGACAAAGUUCAAGCAGACUCUUCAGAAGCAAGAAAGGAAAAGAGAGAUGAUGGGGGAGAUGCUCGGACAGAUUCAGGACGAGGCGAGAAAAACAGAAGCCUUCUGUGAAAGCGUCAUAGUGGGCGCCAUCGACUCCCUUCAGAAACAUUACCUGUCAGUGAAGGAAGUGAUUGCAGCUCAGGAGGAGGCGGCUGCAGCUCAGGUUCGCAUCUCGCUGAAGAGCCUGGAGGAGGAGGUGAAGCAGAUGAAGGAGAGGGAUGCUAAGCUGGACCGCCUGGCACAGACUGAGAGCCACAUCCGUUUCCUGCAGAAAUGGCCCUCUCUGAAGCUCCUCUGUGACCACUCGUUCCAGGAGCUUUCAGAGGAUCCACUCCUCCACUUUGAGCUCACAAAGAGAGCCGUUGAGCAUCUUGGGAAGCAACUGGAGGGAUUCUGUGACAAAGAAUUCGCCUCAAUCUGUAACACUGCUGAUGGUGAGGAGCAGCAGGAAUCAGCAUCAGAGAUGGAGGAAGAUGAUGUCCAGCGAAGAAGUGAAGCCAGCGUCUCACAGCCCCAUGCUAGCAGGCCUCUGGCUAAACAGAAAGUUGAGCCUAAAACCAGAGAAGAGUUCCUGCAAUAUGCGUGUGAGCUCUCUCUGGACCCCACGACAGCUCAUGAGGACCUGGUUAUUUUGAAAGGAGGGAAGAUGGUUAAGCUGUGCAAUGAGAGGUCCAAGAAUCCUAGUGUUCGUAACCCAGAGAGGUUUAUACAUCGGCGGCAGGUGCUGUGCAGGGAGGGACUGCAAGCUGACUGCUACUAUGAGGUAGAGGUGAAAGGAGACAAAGCAGAGAUCGCUCUAACCUACAAAGGAAUAAACAGAAAAUCCCGCACUACACUGUCAGCCUUCGGGGCCAAUGCAAAUUCCUGGAGUCUGGAUCUAUCUAAACAUUACUCUGUGAGCCACAAUUCUGACAGCAUCCAGCUCACUACACCACCCCGUCAUCACAGGGUUGGAAUUUAUCUUAAAUUUCAAACCGGAACUUUGUCUUUCUAUGAGGUGUCGGACAGUAUGAACUUCCUGUACAAGGUUGAAGCCGAGUUCAGAGAGCCGCUGUAUCCCGGAUUCUGGCUCGGAGAGAAAUGUUGCAUCAGGAUCUGUGAUCUGAGACAGAGCCAACUGUAAAAGAACCGAAGAGGACUGCAAACAGCUUCUUUCUACUUAAAGGGAAAUUAAAAAUAAUAUGUAUAGAUUGCUGUAUAGAUUGCACAGUGCACUGACAUGUCUGUUUCCUAUGAUGUGUGGGGUGGUUGUUAACUCUGCAGUAUAUAAAGCCCAAAUUGCCUAUAUGUGUAAGUUUGUAUAAAUUCAAUAGUAUAAAAUUGCGUUUUUAUUCAUGCUGGACAUGUUUUACUGUGGACAGAGUGCUGAAUGUAGAAGAAUGCCUUGUUUCUACGUAACCUCCAAAGGCAGGAUUUAGCAAGUACAUAUAGUUGAGGGUAUAUAUGUAUAUUCUGUUUCUAUUUAACAUUGCUUUGUGAAAUUACUGUGUCCAGAAGAGGGCGUCAUGUGUCUGCGGUUUGCCUAAUAUUCUAGCCUUGUAUGGAAUUUCAGUCAAGUCAAUAUUAAAGAACUAAAUAAACAAGUGGACAAAUAGAAAUGUAAUUAAAUGAAUCCUGAAAUAUUUUUCUAAUUAAGAAAAUGAAUAAAAAUAGAGGCCGUCUCUCUUGAUUGCCCACUUCAGGGUGGGAGAAACACCCCUGAACUGUGUUAUGAUUGUUGAUGUAACAUAGUUUGCUUACCAGAGGGCACUCUGAGCUCUUCCCUGUUGGUAACACCAGAACACUCAGCGGGAAAUUAGUAAUAAAUUAGUCAUCUAUGACCUGUUGACACAAUAAAACAAGAUUUAUUUAAACUGCAUUGCCAUAUAUUAUCUCAGUAAGGCUCAUAAAUACGUCCACAUAACAAACGUUUUGGAAAUCUGUCUAACGCAUUAGCUGAUAUAUUGGACUUAUAAAUCACCACAUAUUGGUGCUGGUCUUAAUAAUCCUCUGUUGGUCCAGCUUUACUCAAGUACUCUGUAUUUGAAAUGCAUGUUUGAUUAAGGAUGAUGGAUUUAACAGUGUGGUUAAAGGGAGAUAAUUUAAUCUAGCAGGCAGGGAAAUUGUGUAGAUUUGAUAUUGCAGUGCUGGUUGGUGAGAGUCUCGAGGAGAUUGUCAUUAGUCUGCAUUUGAACUCAUUGUCUAAUCUUCCUGUUCUGCUUGGUAUGGCAGAAUAGACUGUUUGGUCCUUAUCUUUUUAUUAAUUUCUAAUUGUGCAUAUUAAAACUGUGUGUCGUGUUUUAAAGUCUAUGGUGAUUAUUUAAAAGGCUCUGACUCUAAAAACAGUUCUUUAUAUAUCGAUUCUACCAGUUGAACCUGGUUACUAGUGUUUGUUGAUGAUGUGAGUGCUGAUGGAAGCAGCAGGAUGAGUCCUGAAGUGUACAGGGCUAUCGCUUCACAGUGUGAAUGGAUAAUGACCCAAAACAUAAUGUUCAAGCAACCCAAAAGGCAAAGAAAUAAAUGAGGACUGGCUGUUUCAGUCAUGUGAUCUCAGCUAGAGUACGACUGAUAUGGGAUUUUUGAUACCGAUAUGCGGCGGUUUAAAAAAUCGGUUUAAAAAACUAUAUUUAAACAGACAGAUCUCCCUAACAUUUGUUAUGUCUAGUUAUAUAUGAGUGCUUACUAACAUAAUAAAGCAAUACAGUUUAAAAAUACUUGUGGAUAACUCAUUUACACCCGACUCUGCUCUGAUCUGUAGUUGUGUUUAUGUUCCAGACACGUGUUGCCAACAGGGAAGUUGAAGAGUAACAUCAACACUCCCAGCGUUGCAGGUCGUCUCUUCUUCACUUUUAAAAUGUUCAUUUAUCGGCUGUAAUAAAUGCCGACACUGAUAUCUCUAGAAAAUAGUACUGGCUGAUGUAUCGAUCACCACCAACAUCUGAUAAAUCAUGUUUUACUUUGACCGAGAAUGAAUUUAAACCAAAAAAGUCCAGAAACGUCACAGCAGCUUGUCCACUCUUUAUUAGAAUAAUUUUUUUAUGGUCACAAUUUUUACAGUAUUUCUCAGUUUGAUACAUUCAUAAAAUGAAAGAGGAAAGAGAGGGAAGCUGU